CCCGACGCCCACCAUACACGCUUUGUCUCUGCAUCUGCGCUGCUGCUCGUCCCUGCGCCCGCGCCAAACUCACCCUGCCGCCACCGAGCUGACCCCGUGCUAGCUUUGCUGGAGACCUUCUGCCUCCAUUAUUCGCCGCCCGACAACACUGCUGCUGCCACCACCUCACCGUUCCCGGUUCAAACCAGCCUCGACGUCGGCGGCGCCCCAUCGCACCCCCGCCUCCUCCGCCUCCUCUGCUUUCACGUCUGCUGGGGCUAUAUAAUUCCGCAUUUCAGAAUCCGGGAAAUCUCCGUUCGAGCUAGUCUCGCAGCAAAUCCCGCCGUUUCGAUCUGGGAAUCAUGGUAGAAGCAGAGGGCAGCCCCACGACGUGGAAGUUUACGCAAUGCUUCGGCGACAAAGGGGACGUCGAAGACAUAACAGAAGCUGAUAUCAUCUCUACCGUCGAAUUCGAUCAGACGGGGAACUACCUGGCCACCGGCGACAAGGGUGGCCGCGUGGUGUUAUUUGAGAGAAAUGAAACCAAAAAAACAUGCGAGUACAAGUUCCACACGGAAUUCCAGUCACACGAGCCCGAAUUCGACUACCUGAAGUCCCUCGAGAUAGAAGAGAAGAUCAACAAGAUCAAGUGGUGCCGUCGACAGAAUGCCUCACACUACCUCCUCUCCACAAACGACAAGACAAUAAAGCUGUGGAAGGUGUUUGAGAAGUCAUUAAAAGUCGUAGCGGAGAACAAUCUCUCUCAUGAGCUCACACCCGGCGGAGGAGUCGCUGGCGCAGGCGGCCCUGUCAGAAACCCCAACGUCCACUUCCGAAACGCCUCCGACCUGAAGCUCCCGCGAUUGACCCACCACGACACCGUCGUCGCCGCCGUACCCCGAAAGACUUAUGCGAACGCGCAUGCCUACCAUAUCAACAGCAUAUCCGUGAACAGCGAUGGGGAGACCUUCAUCAGCAGCGAUGACCUCCGGAUCAACCUAUGGAAUCUCAACAUUCAAGAUCAGAGCUUCAACAUUGUCGACAUCAAGCCGGCCAACAUGGAGGAGCUUACGGAGGUUAUAACCGCAGCAGAGUUCCAUCCCAUAAGUUGCAAUUGGUUCAUGUACGCAAGCUCGAAGGGUACUAUCAAGCUAGCAGACAUGAGAGAGAGCGCUCUGUGCGAUCAGCACGCGAAGCAGUUUGAGCAAGAAGAAGAUCCGUCCUCCAGGUCCUUCUUUUCUGAAAUUAUUUCGUCAAUAUCAGAUGUACGCUUCUCGCACGACGGGCGAUACAUCCUCUCCCGCGAUUACCUCACCGUGAAGAUCUGGGACGUCAACAUGGAGCGGACACCGAUCAAGACAAUCCCGAUCCAUGAGCAUUUGAGACCGCGGCUGUGUGAUACGUACGAGAAUGACAGUAUAUUCGACAAGUUUGAAGUGGUCUUCUCCGGGGACGCCAAGAACGUCAUGACUGGCAGCUACAACAACAAUUUCAUGAUUUACCCGUCAGACCCGGAGAAGGAUACAGAAGUUGUGCUACAGGCCGAUAAGUCGGCGUUCAAGGCAAAGAAGGUCGGUAUCCCAACGCCGAUGAAUUCAUCGACGAGCCCCGGUGGUGGCUCAGGAAAGAAGGGAGGCUCAAGGGCAGGCAGCCCCGCUGCUGGAGCUGUAGGCCAGGGCCAGCGCAUGCGGAAAGAGACUGAUGCCGACCAAAUCGACUUCAACAAGAAGAUUCUACAUAUGAGCUGGCAUCCGUUCGAAGACAGCAUCGCGAUAGCAGCUACAAACAAUCUCUUCGUGUUUUCGGCACUCUAGAGGAUCCUCAUCUUGGCAGCGAACAGUUUUCAUCAGGGCAUUCGCACAUAGAGGCAUCAUACUUGUCUUUGCGCUUCAUUCCUCCUCCAUUCUUCCUUUCCGUCUCGGUAGGGCGCUAGGAUGGUAGACGGUAUUUCAUGGUGGACGGGCGCGAAGAGAUUGUUUGGCAGAGCAUGUAGCGUAUGCAUCGCAAGUGAGGUGGCACCCAGCACAGUACAUUGCACACCAGGUUCAUAAUUGAUCUGUAGUGCAUGUCCGCACAGAAUCCAAAAAUUGUAUCCAAUACGUUGUGAAGGGCCUUACGCAUGGCUUUCCAUAGCCAGAAGUAAAGACAUGCUAGGAUGUGUAUUGCUACAUUCGACAUUAUAUCUUUAGAUCAAACGUAUUAUCAC